UUUAUAGCACAAAAACCAAUAUGCCACUACAGCGAUCCUAACGUAGCAGAAUGCAUAAAGCGAGUUGCUGAUCAAGCCAGAACACUCCUUGCUCACGGCAUACCUUCGUUUGGAAUACAGCCUCUUGAACCACUAAAGGUUCCCAGUAUUAGGCUUAGGCAGCACAAUAUGCCUCAGAAUAAGUUCAAAUAUGAUGCUUGGUUAUCGGAUAUGGAGCUUAGUGGACUUACCAACUACACAUUUAACCAGUUAGAUGUUUAUCCCGAAGAAAUGAAAGUAACAGGAAAUAUAAGUUUACCUCACUUGGUGAUGUCCGGAGAAUAUGUGGUUAUUGGGGAGUUCCAAAUGUUACCGGUCGAGUCUACUGGAUUCAUUGCUGCAAACUUUACACAAUGCUCAGCAGCCCUGGAAGCACUCGGGGCGAAGGUUCAUAAGAGAAUCGUGAUUAAAGACGCAAAUGUAAAGCUCCGAUGCAUGGGGCCUCUUGAUGCCAGUUUAAAAGAAGCACAUUCAACAACUGGCGAGAUGGAAAUGGUAACAAAACACAUCGUUCACAUGCACGCGAAUGAACUAACAAAGGAGGUACAACCAGCCGUUGAAACUGCGCUUGCGAUGGUCCUUGAAGACAUAGCGAAUAAGUUCCUCAAACAUGUGCCACCGAACAUGGUGUUCCCGGCUUAGUGCCAUUUGUUUCUCUCCUUCUGUGUUGUCUCUUUUGUUAUCUGUGCAAUUGUAUUAUGUAUAGUUAUAAAGAAAUGGAAUUGGUGUUAUCAGUAACGCAGAAGGUGGCUGUCAAAUUUUAAAUUAAAUUGGAACAAUCAAAAAAGGGUGGGUGCGAUUUAAUUUAUUUAUAGAUUAUAGUUAGAUUAAGUUUGAACAGUC